AUGUCCGCAUAUAAGAGAAACAACGACUCUAGUGAGGUCUCUCACAUCGAAGAUGGCCCAGCUACAAAACUUUUAGCAAUGGAAGAAGACAAGAUGAAAUCGUUAUUCAACCAAAAGAUCUGGGAUCCCAAAUUUCAAAAUGAUCUAGAAGAAACAAUCUCUAAAUCGGAACCUUAUAAUUGGGGGUCCAUCACUGAGCUAGUAGAUGAUGAUUUAUUAAGAUCUGUUCGUAAAGAAAUCGAAAGUGAAAUUCAUUUCACUUUGAAAGAAACAGAUAUUUAUAAAGUUAAUCAAAGUGGUGAUUUGGCUAACUUAUCUGGAUUGGAUUGGGCGGAUCUUUCAAGAUUACCAAAUAUGUAUAAGUUACGUCAAAUCUUAUAUUCUGAACCAUAUAGAAAAUUUAUUGCAAAGAUCACUAACAGUAAAUAUCUGUCAGGUUCUAAGAUGGAUAUGAGUGUCAACACAUACACAAAGGGUUGCCACUUAUUAACACAUGAUGAUGUCAUUGGUUCUAGACGUGUUAGUUUCAUCUUAUAUUUACCAGAACCAGAUAGAAAAUGGAAAGAACAUUAUGGUGGUGGUCUAAGAUUAUUCCCAAGUGUCGCAAACAACAUUCCAUACACUGAUCCAUGCGCUAAAUUGGUUCCACAAUUUAAUCAAAUUGCUUUCUUUAAAGUUAAACCUGGUUAUUCUUUCCAUGACGUCGAAGAAGUGAAAGUUGAUAAACAUAGACUAUCGAUCCAAGGUUGGUACCAUAUCCCUCAGGAAGGUGAAGAAGGUUACAUUCCCGGUGAAGAAGAAGCUUGGGUUAAUAAUAACAAUUCCACUCUGUCUCAACUAGAGUUUAAUUUAUUACAAGAAUUUGAAUAUCCUAAGGAUGAGAGAAAACUUGUUGUUAAAGAACCAUCUCAAGAAGAACAGCUAACAAAAUUAGCUGAAGACCUUACAAAAUUAUCUUCGGAAGAAAUUAAAGAUUUGAAUAAAUAUAUCGAUGAAGAACAUUUGACUAAAGAAGGUUUGCAAGUUCUACAAAAGAAUUUCCUUGAAAAUUCUUCAUUAUCAAUUGAAAAUUUCUUAAAUAAAGAAACUUCUGAACUUUUAUUAAAAUUGAUUAAAUAUAGAGAAUUGAAUGAGAUAUGUCCAAUGACAGUUGAAGAAAAUAAAAAACCAUGGGAGACUGCUAAACCACCUCAUAAAUGGAGAUUCUUAUACCUUGAUGAAAAUGAAUUUAAUGAAGAGUCUCAAAAUGAAAGGGCAGAAUUAGAUUCUAAGCUUUAUGAUUUAUCUCAAUUUUUACAAUCUUUUGUUUUCAAGAAAUUUAUUGCAACUAUUACUUGUCUAGUUCCAUUAACACAAUCUGUCAUUGUCAGAAGAUUUAGACCAGGGAACGAUUUCACUUUGGCUGAUAAACUACAACUAAAUAAGAACUUUGAUAACCUAAUGGAGUGUAUUCUAGAAGGUACACUUUCAUUAAGUGCCUUUGAUGAUUGGGAGGGUGGCAACGUUGGUGGUUACCAAAUCUACAUGCUAAAUGAAGAAGAUAAUGGCGAUGAUCAAGCUGUUGUUCACGAUGAUAACGGUGAAUCAGUUUUGAUAAACAAAUCUGCAUCUUGGAAUUCCUUCAACUUGGUACUAAGAGAUGAAAAUGUUUUGGAGUUUAUUAAAUACGUAAGUUGGGGUGCUAAAGGUAGUAGAUGGGAUAUUAAGAUGUUAUGGGAUGUUAAGGAUACAGGUGACGACGAUGAGGAAUAA